AUGGAUGCUGCUAAGGUUCCGUUCACCACAACUGAAGAGCUAAUCAGCAAGUUAGCCAACUGUGACAUCCCCCCUGAUACUGUCACCCGCCUCCGCGGAGAGCUUUCGUGCCCAGUCCUGGAGGAACUAUAUCCGCUGCUCGACUUUGUCGGUCGUAGGUCAAGCCUCAACAUCGACCCCAUCCACAAACACCUCCAGAAGGGCCGCAAGAUUGUCCUCACUGAAGACCCGAGUCUGCACCUUGUCUGGUUUUCCGACACCGUCUACAUCAAACCACUGCCGCACUACCUGCUCAGUCACUCAUUCUGGAAGAAGAACCUCGGUCAAGGACAGCCGCACCGCGGCGAGGCGCUGGGGUUCGUGCGCUCGUACGGACGGCUCAUUCAGUACCCUUCGGAUUUCGAGUUGGCCAAGGAGGCGAAACUCAUCCCAUCGUCAUCGCCAAACGAGUAUACAGAAGGUCUCACCUACACUGUGUUCGCGGCAUUUAUUCGCAGCUUUUCAAAAAUAAGCGACGCCGAGGUAUCUCGUAGGUGGAACUUUGGCCAGCUCCGCCUGUCGCGUCUGCACUGGGCCGUGCGCAUUUUGCAACCCAGAUCCGCGACGACCAAGGGGUUCCUGCACAGACUGUUCUACGAGGAGCAAUUUUGGCACACGGGCCAGUUCCUCAACGAAUUUGCGGCCCCCCUUUUGUUCGUGUUCGCGGCGCUGUCGUUGAUCCUAUCGGCCAUGCAGGUCGUGCUGGCUGCCAAGUCUGAUGAUGAGGGGAGUUGGCGAGUCUUCGAGGAAGUGAGCGCGUGGUUUGCGGUUGUAGCCAUCAUCGUGCUCGUCGUUGUGUUUGUUGGUCUGGGAGCCAUUGUAGUUGGUAUCUGGGUAUUGCAGUUUCAUUUCGGGUAUCGGUCAUGGAAGAGGACUCGAGGACAGGAGGUGGAGGAGGUGCAACACUAG